GGUAAUUUCUUGCACAGAUACAAUAUUAAGUGUAAUACAUACCAAUUAUACAUUUGAAAUGUGUGAGAUGAAUGAAUCAGACAUUUAUGAAAGAGACGGUUACUGACUGCUCAAUGAGUCAGAGACUGGAGAACCGUUUGGAAUCGUUUCAGUCUGAAUUAUUCAUGGGCGCAUUUCCCAAAAUCAUCGUUAGCUAACUACGGUCUUAAGUUCCAUUGAACUCUAUAGGUAAGGGCAGAAUUACGACCGUAGCUGCUUUUGGGAAUCGCAGUCCUGAGUGGGUUUUGUAUCAGUUCAUCCGGUUCGUCAAAAAGAUUCGACUCAAAUGAACGACUCCCAAGUGAACGGGACGUCGUUAUUCAAAAUGGCUGCGCCCAUACCGAGCAGCGCACAUGAGUCUAAAGACAGUAUGACAUCAGUAAAAGUAGUUUCCUCUGUUGCUCCUCUUGCUCUUCGUAUCGUGGCCGAGUGUCCGGUGAGUAAGGCCAGAGCCUGCACUCUUACUCUCCCGCACUGCGCUGUCUGCACCCCGGUGUUCAUGCCCGUGGGCACUCAGGGUACCCUGAAAGGCAUCACUGUGGACCAGCUGGAGGAUCUGGACUGUCAGAUAUGCCUGGGAAACACGUAUCACCUGGGCAUGAGGCCGGGUCCUGAGUUAAUAGAGAAAGCCAAUGGAUUGCAUGGAUUUAUGAAGUGGAAUAGAAAUCUGUUGACGGACAGCGGCGGCUUUCAGAUGGUGUCUCUAGUGGAGCUGUCCGAAGUGACGGAGGAGGGCGUCAACUUCCGCUCUCCUUACGAUGGAAAAGAAAUCCUGCUCACUCCUGAGCAGUCCAUCGCCAUUCAGAACAGCCUGGGUUCAGACAUCAUGAUGCAGCUGGAUGACGUGGUCAGCAGCACGGUGAAAGGGCCGCGGGUGGAGGAGGCCAUGCACCGCUCCGUGCGCUGGCUGGACCGCUGCAUCGCGGCUAACAAGAACCCAGAUCGACAGAACCUGUUCGCCAUUAUUCAAGGGGGGCUUGAUGCCAAACUGCGCAAGGCCUGUUUAGAUGAAAUGACCAAGCGUGAUGUGCCGGGCUUCGCCAUCGGAGGCUUGAGUGGGGGAGAAGAGAAAGAUGACUUCUGGAAGAUGGUGACUCUGAGCACAGACCGCCUCCCCAGAGAAAAGCCCCGCUACCUCAUGGGAGUCGGCUACGCUCUGGACCUGGUGGUCUGCGUUGCCUUGGGCUGUGACAUGUUCGACUGCGUCUUCCCGACUCGGACGGCAAGAUUUGGCUCGGCUUUAGUUCCCUGGGGAUCUCUGCAGCUCAAACAGAAGCAAUACGCUAAAGAUUUUCAGCCGAUUGAUGCUGACUGCCAGUGUCCCACCUGCAGGAGACACAGCCGGGCUUACCUUCACGCGCUGUUUAAGAGCGACACCGCAGCCAUGCAUCACGUGACCAUCCAUAACAUCUCUUACCAGCUCACCCUCAUGCGGUCGGCGCGUCAGAGCGUCAUAGAGCAGAGGUUUCCUGAGUUUGUGAAGGCGUUCAUGAAGAGGAUGUUCUCGUCCAGGGAGCAGUACCCCAGCUGGGCUGUAGAGGCACUGCAGUCAGUCAACAUCCACCUCAGCUGAGUAUCCUACAUGAUACUUGCUGGGUUUUACGGAGUUAUGGAGUUUUUAGAUGCUAACAUUUUAAACCUAUGUAAAAUAUCCCUGUUUUGUAAAUAAAAUCAUUUUUUCAUUUUUAA